AUGAGUGGUAGUAGUAGUAGCCAACCGCAACAACCACCUGCAAGUCAACAACAGGCAACUCCAAUACCACCUGCAAGUCAACCAACCAAGUUUGAUUUUGAAAACCUUAGGAUUGAAAUAACAGGUAGAUGUAGUCGUAAUCAUAUACCUGAUACUUUAAUUGGAUUAGAGAACCCUUCAAUACAAUUAGAUUUUGCAUUAGAAUCAUCUAUUAAUUUAAAAUCAAGUAAUGUUGUUUUAAUUACUGGACCACCAGGAUCAGGUAAAACAACUAUGGUCAAAAAAUGUGUACAAAAAUAUGAAGAUAAAGUAAUUAUUAUAAGAUUGAAUGGAUUGAUUCAUUCAGAUGAUAGAUAUGCCUUGGAAACAAUUAUCGAUGCAUUGGAUUUAAAAGCGUAUACAAAGACUUUGAAAUAUCAGUUGACAGUAUCAGACAUGUUGAUUCUCAUCAAUUUGGCGCUCAAGGGAAUGUCCGAUGAUGAAUUGACAUCGUUGGUCGAUGUACCACUCAUCACAUCACCAGUAUUUUUUGUAAUGGAUCAUUUUGAAUUGAUGGUACAUAGUGUAUCCAAACAACAACUACUAUACACUCUCUUAAACUUGACACAUUCCCAAACAUCCAACCUAACAUUCAUAGCCAUCUCUACAGACAAUACCAUUCAAAUUAAAUUGGAAAAACGUGUAAAAUCAAGAUUCACUCAAGCUCUUGUUAGAGUUGUACCAAUUCAAAAUGUUAGUGUAUUAAUUGAUAUAUUAACAAAUACAUUAAUAUUAUCAAAACCAAAUGUAAAGAUUAAUGAAUCUUAUCGUAUACAAUGGAACAAGGGUAUAGAGAAAUUAUUUUCAGAUAGUGAAGUUGUCAAUUUAUUGGCAAAGAGUUUAAGAAUGCAAAAUGCAAUCGUUUAUUUUUUAAAUGUUGUUGCAGAUGCAGUCGCAAAAAUAGAUGAAACCUACCAACAUCUGACAAAGGAUGAGUUUUUAAAGUCACUGGCAAAAUACGAUCGACAAGACUUUGAAGAACAAUAUCUGGUCGAUGCAAUCAAUAUUAUGGAGCUUGCCAUCUUGGCAUGUCUCACCAACACUGCAAGACGAUUAAACAAGAGUACCAUUAGUUUUAGAGAACUUUAUGAUGGUGAAUACAAACAAUUUUUAAAUUCUGAUUUUAGAAUACCAGAAUUAACAAAUCGUUCAAGUUGUUUAUUUGCAGUAGAAUUAUUAAUUGAUAGAAAAAUAUUAACAAGAGAAGGAACACAAGUUGGAGAACAUACUUUAAUGUCUAUACCAUUUCAAACUAAUAUGGAUGGUUUAUUAGAGAUUGCUGCAAAGAGAAAGGAUUGUCCACUUGCUCUAAAAAGAUAUAUUAAUCAAUGGAUAGAAUAA